AUGUAAAAAUCUUGGGAAACCUUAUGUAAGAAUCUUAGAAGUCCAUUCUUAUAGCAUUUUUUAGAUAUUUAAACACUUAUUGAUGAACUUAGUCAAUAAAUUGAUUAAACAUAGAUUUGUCAUGAAAUUGCAAUUCAAAUUUAAGAAAUGAUAUCUUAAAUAGUUUAGAUGUAAAUUUAUAUAAUAAGUUUAGUAUAGAUAUUGAACAUUAACAUUUACUUGAUGGAUUUGAAUAGAGUGUUUUAUUAUUUGCAUAAAUUGAUUAAGAGGACAGAGUCAAAUAGUUUGAAACAUUAAAUCUCAUAUAAGAGUUAUUUAAUAAAUUAGCAUUAUCAUAUUUUUAUAGUGAUGAUCUAAUAAAUGAAAAGAAAGUAUAAAUACCUAUAAAUGAUGGAACCUCUACAUGUUCAGAUUUCUCUGAUGAUACAUUUGAAGUUGAAGAUUUUGAAGCUUAAGUUGCUUAAGAGCUCUUUUAAUAAAUUAAAGGUUAAUUGUAGGAUCCUGAUGUUGAAUAGAAAUGUUAUUAAUUCUAAUUUACUAUAUUUUAGGAAGAAUUAAAUAUCAUGGAUUUUUUUAACGAUUCUCUUGAAUUAUAAAUUAAAGAAUAUGAUGUGAUUGUCUUUUUAAAUUAUUCAGGAUUACUAUAAAAAUUGAUGAAUUAUAAAUAAGAAAAUUAAUUAGAAUUCUUUGUAGGUUAAUUAUAUAUCAUACUUAACAGAAUUAAGAAUGAUGAAAUUGAUUAAAUGAUUGAAACCAAUUGUUUCGAACUUAAAUAUAGUAGAUUAUCAUAAAGAAAAUUCUUAAGAUGUAAAAUAUUAUCCAAUUUAUAUACUAAACUUGUCUAUGAAAAAUUAGAUAGAUGGAGAAAUACUUAAAAUAUUUAAGAAAUUCAAGGUGAAAAUUUAAAGGCCUUAAGAAGAUUUAUUGUUUAACAUAAGGCACCAUUAAGUAGAUGGGAAGUUAGUAUUUUAUCAAUUUAAGAUGUUCAAAUUAAUAAUGAAAAUAUCUUAGAUAAAUUUUAAAAAUUAGUUAUUGCACUUUCACUUCCUUAUGACUUACUUUUAGAAAAUUUCACUAUCUUAGAUAAAUUAUAUGUUAAUUUAUAGUAAUUCUAAAAAUGGUUUAAAUUAAGUUCUAUUCCAUUCACAGUUUCUGAAAUUUCUCAAUUAUUUCAAUAAGUCAGUUAAACCUAUGGAUAUUAUACCAAUUAAGGUAUUAAAGUAAUUUAAAGAAUUGACUUCUAUCACUUUUUAGAAACUGUUUAUGCACUUAAUUAAAAUGAAAAUAUUACUAUAGAAAAACCUGAUACAAAAAAUGUUAAAUAUAAUGAUGAGAUUACUAUUCAAUAAUAUAAUAGACAUUUAUAAUUAAAAGUCAAUGAUUUGUAAUAACAAUUAAAUUAAAAAAACAUUAUUAUUGAAUAAUUAAAAAAAGCUUAAUAAGAUUCAUAAUAAACAUCCAGAAUAAAAACUAAUAAGUCAAAUAAUGAAAUUAAAGAUAAGGAAUCUCAAAUUAAAAUAGAACUGUUACAUUAAGCAGAAAUAAAUUCUAUAAAAAAUGAAAGUUAACAUUAAAUAAAAGUAGUUGAAUUAAAAUGGAAAAAUAAAACAAAAGAAUUGUUAUUUGAAUUAGAAAAUAAAGAUAAAUAAAUAGAUUAAUAUAGAAUGUAACUUGAAGCCUUAAUGAAAGAGCUUGAAUGUGUAAAAACUGAGAGAAGAACUAAAUGA